CUCGUCUGCAAGAAAAGGAUCCAUGUUAAUGGUUACGGGAGAAUUAGAGAUAAGCGAAAACCAAUUAUACUGCGAAGUACACCACUUCGAAUUCAUCGCACAGUCAGGCAGAGUAGAAGGGAUAAAACGAGAUGCUCCAAUAUGGAUCGAAGACGAAGAAACCAAAGCUGAUCUCAGCUCGCCGUCUCGUAGGUUCGCUCUUAACAAAAAAUCAAAAUCUAUUGAAACGUCAACUGAUACCUGUGAGGAACCGACAAAUACCUACGAAGGACCGUUAUCGCCGUCGUCCUCGACAGCCACUACCACCUCGGACCCCCCAGUUUCGUCACCAAAUAAAAAAAAAAAACUCUAA